CCGCGGAGCCGCAUGCGCCAGAUAUUUCCGGCCCAAGCGGACAUGGAGCAGCAUACCACGAAAAAAGUCUCGGGCGAGAAGCGCGGCCGCCCCUCUCUAUCAGCGGAAGAAACCGCCGAGCAAAACCGCCUGCGGCUCUCGGCCUCGUUCAGAACCACCAUGCACCACAAGGCCGGCUCGACUCUGAAGAAAUACUCUGUCUUGAGGGAGUUUGCGCUCGGCGACGAGUUAGGAAGAGGCGGCAACGCGCAGCGCCGAAUCAUGACCUCACCGCGAGCACCCGACUCACCGAUGGAUUUGCGCGCAGGCUACGCGACCGUGUUCCUCGCGACGCCGACGGCCCCGGGCGCCGCGCCGCGCGCCGUCAAAGAACUGAACCUGAAGCGCGUGAAUGACAUCGCCGCGCUCGAGGACGAGAUAAAGACGUUGCGGCGCCUCGACCACCCGAACGUCGUGCGCCUCUACGACUGCUACCUGACGACCGACGACUUCUUCAUGGUGCUGGAUCUGUGCCGCGCGGUGUGGCAAUCAACUUUCGGGCGCCCCACGCCAUCGACGCGACGUGCUUCCGUAGCUGCGUCUGCUCGAUGGCGUCGAGUUCCACGCCAUCGACGCGACGUUGUCCCCGUGACCGCGUCAGAACCUAACUCACUGGCUGAUUCCACACAGGUGCCGCGGCGGCGAACUCUUUGAUCGCAUAUUGGCACGGGAGCACUACAGCGAACGACAAGCGAGAAUCGCCUUCGCGCAGCUCUGCGAGGCCGUCGGCCACUGUCAUAGGCAUGAAGUCGUCCACCGCGACGUCAAACCCGAGAACGCGCUCUACGCCGACGUCGCCGGCGCGCCGCAAGGCGAACUCUUGAAGCUCGUAGACUUCGGCCUCGCGACGUGCUGUACGCCUGGAAGAAAGCUCUAUCAUGUGUGCGGCUCGCCGGGCUACGUGUCGGCGGACGUGCUGUCGAGGAACGGUUACGGCUACGGCGCGGACCUGUGGUCGCUGGGAGUGGUGUUGUACGUCAUGCUUUGUGGAUAUGCGCCCUUCUACGACGAACGAGGCUCGAGGCGGGCGGUGAACAAUAAGAUAUUGGCGGGCGCGUUCGAAUUCCAGAGCCCCUGGUGGGACGACAUCUCGGACGAGGCCAAACUACUCAUCAGAAAACUGCUCGUGCUGGACCCGCAGCUGCGCCCGUCCGCCGAGAAGGUCUUCGAGGACCCGUGGCUCCGCGACCCGACGUGCGACGUGCACAUCCCGUCGUUCUCGGCGAACUGGCGCAAGUACCGCCUCAAGCGCAAGUUCAAGGCGGCGGUCCUCGCGCUCGUCGCUAGAGAUAGGAUGCUCAACAUCACGUUCACGCCUGGUUCGGUCGCGUCGCUCCAGUCGCGGCGGAGCAGCCUCGACUCGCUGCCGUCGGACCCGACGCCGCUCAAUCGCAUCCGAACCUCGAGCCUCAGCGGCGGGGGCAUGACGAACCUCGGCGCGGUACAAGGGGACGGAAUCGCCGGGAUUGAUUCAUUGGACAUGGCGGUCAUGGGCCGGGGGCUCUCGCACGCGUUGGGCGACCAGCCCAUGUCGAUGAGCAUCGACGACAUCGGGUUCUCGGAGCGCGGGUGA